AUGCGUCGUGCCAGACACAGUCUUGGCUGGUUUUUUAUUGGCCUGUUACUCGCCUUCAUCUUUGGCAUGACAGCACUGUACGUGCAGAACCACUCGCCGUGGUUCUGCAUCGCAACCACCGUUACCAUCGCCACUUUCACGGGGUUCGGAAUGGCCCUAUCCGUUCACAUACGCUCUAACGUCAUGGUGAUGCUGCCCAUGUUUUGCUCUAUGGAGGGUAAAAAGUUGCUGCUUUUCCUCAUCCUCACCAUGGUGAUACAAGGCCCUUUCAACAGCACGUUGGCAAACUUCGAGCGAGCAGCUGGCAGCGUGGUGUGUGGAGCAGAGCUCGCCAUGAACCAAACACAGCAGCUCAUGCAGCGGGCAUCCAAUCCUCUGCUACCUGUGCUGAAUAAGAUUAAGGAGGUUAGCCGGAAUGCCUACUCGCUGGCAGGCAGGGUGCAGAACUUCAUCCAAGCCCUCUCGGAGUCCGUGCGUCAUAUUUCUCGCUCCCUGAGGAACGUGCUGCACUUCCUAGCGAGCAUCGGUGACAUCUGUAACGAUAACAUGGGGACACCGUAUAAAAAGUGUAAUUCCUUGUUCGACGAGGGCCGCGCCAACUGCCUGACUCUGCUGUCUGUCUUCUCCUUCCUCUGCCACAUGGUGGACGGCUUCAGGCCUCUAUGCGGCCUUACACGCGUUGGUGAAUUCUUCUGUAUCCUACCCUCUUAUAUUGGUAAUCAUCUAAAAACUAAGUUGGCUCUCCCAACCAUUGUGGCAUUCGAGCAAAUGAAAAAGGAGUUUGAGUUCAACAUGUCAACCUCUGUGCACUUCAACAUGAGCCUGGAUAGCAGUCAAUCCGUGCAGGACAUGGCACGGAAGAUCCUGGAAGAGGUGGAACGUGACCAGAGCCGCUUCCUGGAGAUAAUGGCCCUGCUGACCUACGUGGGCCUGUUUAUGCUGCUGCUAAUGUACCUGCAGGCUGUCCUGUACAAACAUCGCUACCUUCAUGUGGAUGAUUUUGAGAACUUUUACAUAACAGAGCAGUUUGUGGAGCUGGACCACAAGUUCUCCAGACAGGGAAGACUGGCAGUAUUACCGCUCAAUGAAAAGGAAGCUCGGACCUAUAUCACACCCUACUCUGUGCGCCUGACAGCUCAGGAGAGGCGAGCUGUCGCAGCUGGUCUCGUGUCUCUGCUGAGGCACAUGGCAAUGGGCUGUGUGGUGAUGGCCCUCGACCUCAUGGUGUUCUGGGUUUUUGACAUACUGCAUCACCAAGCUCAGGGAGAGAUAGUGGCCAGAGCUCCUGUAAUUAUUGACAUUCAAGUGAAUGGAUCAGGCUAUGCAGCAGACAUUUAUAAGGACAUUGUGACCUCUUUUGACAUCCUGCAGAGAGGGAACAUCACAGUCCUGAACAAGAAAUGCCUCAUGAAGCCUCUAGAGCCAGACUACACAGGCUACCUAAUCAUUGGCCUGCUAUAUGGUCUUUCCUUCUUCCUGGUGCUUGCUGGAAGUUAUGCAAAACGGCUGCAGAGGCUUGUGUGCACCCAUUACCAUCCUCAGCGGGAACAAGAGAGGAUCCUGUGGCUACGUGGACACAUCCUCUCUCAGCGUGGCUUUCUGGGUAGAGCUCUGCUAAGGGCGGUGGCCAGGUGCAAGCAGGACCGGGGUCAUGGCAGAGCACUGCACACACUGGCACUGAAUCUACCUGGUGGGGCCACCAUAGCCAGAUUCCUGGGGGUGUGUGAUAAGUGUUGCUUGGCCUGUGGCCAAGCAAUGAAGCGCAAAGACAGCCCAGAUGUGCAUAUCUGCUCGACCCCAAAUUGCACAGGGUGUUUCUGCAUGCGUUGCUUCAGGGUAAUGGGGAGUAUCUGUGCUCUCUGUAUGGGACCCCAGGAAGACUCUGAGCAGGAGCUGGACUCCAGCGACGAGGAGCAGCUGAACCUGGCGGAGGCAGCUAUGACAUCACCACACGUCAGCCAGAGGACUGACAGGAGGAAGCUGAUGAGGAGGUGUGUGUCUGUGGUGACAGGGAGGCCAAUCAGAGAAAGCAGGAGCAGGGGGAGCAGGAGAUCAGUGGAGACAGAGGAGUCGAGUGAUUCCGAGUUAAGUGACAGAAGCAACCAAGAGCUGUGAAUUGAAACAUCCAACACUUUGAAAACACAGUUUGAGAUCUAUGUUCCAUCUAUGACUCAUUUGGUGCUUCACAUACCUUCUAGCCAUCAAAGUCUCAUAAAAAUACUUACAACCCUUGUAAA